ACAUAACCUCUCUUCUCUCUAGGGUUUUUGGCAUAGUAUAUAUAUACAUAGAGAUUCAUUCACCAAACUAGGGAGGCUCUUGUUUGCAUUUACUUGAACAAUGGCCUUCUCUUCUCUUCUCAAACCUAGCGCCUCCCUUGUUCGACCUUCCCAUCGCUCUCAGGCAUCAUGUGCUGGCCUUCAUCAGAAUGCUAACUCUGUCAAAUUUCAAUCGUCCGUCUUCGGAGAUGCUGUCUCAGUCGUGCAAUCUUCGUCCUUACAAAAAUCUGGUGCCUGCAGCAUUCAACCCAUUAGAGCAACUGCUACUGAGUUGCCUCCAACAGUUCCAAAGUCACGGAGCGGGGAGAAGACAAGGGUUGGUAUAAAUGGUUUUGGAAGGAUUGGGAGAUUGGUAUUACGAAUUGCAACAUUCAGGGAUGAUAUUGAAGUGAUCGCAGUUAAUGACCCAUUUAUUGAUGCAAAGUACAUGGCUUACAUGCUGAAGUAUGACUCCACUCACGGGGUCUACCGUGGAUCCAUCAACGUCCUGGAUGACUCUACUUUGGAAAUCAAUGGGAAGCAGAUUAAAGUCAGCAGCAAAAGGGAUCCCGCAGAUAUUCCAUGGGGUGAUUUAGGUGCAGAUUAUGUUGUUGAAUCUUCUGGUGUCUUCACAACUGUUGAUAAGGCCUCAGCACAUAAGAAGGGUGGUGCAAAGAAGGUCAUAAUCUCAGCUCCAUCAGCUGAUGCCCCUAUGUUUGUAGUAGGAGUGAACGAGAAAACUUACAAACCCACCAUGGAUGUUGUUUCUAAUGCUAGCUGCACUACCAAUUGUCUUGCUCCCCUUGCGAAGGUGGUUCAUGAAGAGUUUGGCAUUGUUGAGGGAUUGAUGACAACUGUGCAUGCAACAACAGCUACCCAAAAGACUGUUGAUGGGCCAUCAAUGAAGGAUUGGCGAGGAGGCCGUGGUGCAGGACAGAACAUCAUCCCUAGUUCAACUGGUGCUGCUAAGGCAGUAGGAAAAGUUCUGCCGGAGUUGAAUGGGAAGCUCACUGGAAUGGCAUUCCGUGUCCCUACACCUAAUGUCUCUGUUGUGGACUUGACUUGUCGGCUAGAUAAAGACGCUUCUUAUGACGAUGUGAAAGCAGUGAUAAAGUAUGCAUCAGAGGGCCCACUUAAAGGCAUUUUGGGUUACACAGACGAGGAUGUUGUCUCAAAUGAUUUUGUUGGCGAUUCCAGGUCGAGCAUAUUUGAUGCAAAAGCUGGUAUAGGCCUGAGCAAAUCAUUCAUGAAGCUUGUCUCCUGGUAUGAUAACGAGUGGGGUUACAGCAACCGAGUGUUGGACCUCAUAGAGCACAUGGCAUUGGUAGCAGCCACCAAGUGAAAUACAAGAUAGGAGCUACUGCAGAAUUUGGCGCAAGCAACAAUUUGUAUUUGAAAAAGUUGUGGAGCUCUAAUGCUCCGUUUUGUUUAUGGAGUGAGUUUCAAACACUGUCAUAUUUGAGCACAAACUGAGUUUAAAAUAAUGAAUAGUUGGACAUGUAUGAUUCUAUACACUUUUUCGUAAGGAUGUGAUUUGUACACUUGCCGCUAUGGAGAGGUGGAAAUUUUUGUUUCCUUAGAAGGAGAGCUUAAUAUUUGCAUCA